AAAUGAGAUUGGAGAUUAGAAAAAAGUCCCUGUCACGUGAAUCAAAUGUUUUCUAUUCUCAACUUGUGAUUCAUAAGUUGAUUUCUUCUCGUUUUCUUUGUUUAAUUUGGCGUCAAAUUGAUUUUUUUUAUUGUUUAAUUUGUUAAACUCGAUUGUUGAGAUCAUGCCAAGGAAGAGGGUGUCUAAAGUUAAGCAAAAGGCGAAAGGUGAUGAGCCAGAAGAGAAAAAGGUCAAGAGAGAACAUGUAACUGUCCAAGACGAGGGUGAGGCUAAGCCUGAAACUAAAUCGCCCGGUUGGAUUCCAGAGAAUUGGCCUCAAACUUAUGAGAAUAUUAAAAUGAUGAUGGAAGGAGUUGUAGCUCCCCUGGAAUCAAUGCCCUGGUACAUUGAAAAUGACCCUUUGAAUACCAAACCUGAGGAACGUUUUAGGAUCUUAGUUGCCCUCAUGUUAUCCAGUCAGACUAAAGAUGAACAAACUUUGAAAGUUUGGAAUGAGCUUUGCGCGGAUGGCCUAUCAAUCGAAUGGGUACUCGCGAAAUCAGAUGCGGAACUAUCAAAAUGUAUUCCAGUUAAUUUUCGUAACACAAAAUCAUCAAACAUAAGAAAAGUUGCAACUAUUUUGAAAGAAAAUUACAAUGGAGAUACUCCCGAUAAUGCUAAAGAUUUGAUCGACUUACCCGGUGUUGGUCCAAAAAUGGCAUAUUUGUUUCUGCAAAGUUGUUACAAGAAAUCAGAUGGACUUGGAGUUGAUGUGCAUAUGCAUCGCCUUGCAAAUCGACUUGGUUGGGUUCAAAAAUCGACCAAAGAUGCUGAAAAAACUCGCGUUGCAUUAGAAUCUUGGCUUUCAAAAGAUCUGAUUUAUGAAUUCAACCGUCUCAUUCCUCGUUUCGGUCAAAUGAAAUGUACAGCUGAUAAACCCAAAUGCAAAGAAUGUCUCAACAACUUGAUUUGUCCAUCAGCUGGUAAAUGAAUUUUACUAACCAUCAUCACAAUUACUAUUCAUUAAUAUGAUCUCUUACUAAUAUUUCCAAUCAUUUCUUCAAACAUUUGAAUUUUUCGCACCAAAGAAUCGACCCACUCAGACGUAUUCAUCUUAUUUGUUAUUCCCUAAUAAACUCACGUAAUUCAAUUUUA